UACCCACUUGUUCGGACGGAACAAUCGCUGUCGCCAGAGAGAGAGCGCGCGUGUGUUGUAUAUUCCAUUGGAGGAUAUAUACAGAUUGUACAGAUAAUACAAAUAGGGAUAUUUCGAUCUUUUGUUUGUCCCUGUACUUUCGUCCCAGUGCGAAGGGCUAGAAAGGAUAACGAUUGUAGUUUGUCAGAAGGGUCGUAUUCUAUGUUGGGUGCACAUUAGAGCGGAGUGUUUUCAAGGACUGUUUUCGGUGGAAUCCAUGUUGAUGGUUUUGUGAUAAGUUGAAGCGCACGAAUCGGCGGUGUUUGGAAAGCGAAAUAGUUUUUCGAGUGAUGCUCUGAUCCUGCGGAAGACCGUAGAAUUGGAUCUAGGGAUCCCAGUGAUUGACAAUAGUUAAGGGAAUUGAGCGCGCCCCUUUAGAUGUUGCACUAGCGCUGCAGUAUUUUGUAUGGAAAUUGACAGCUACGUGAAUUUGUCGAGGUCUGCACACAGCGAGACCAUAUUUUUUGUACAACGAAGGCUUUUAUGAGAGCGUGUGUGUUUACAAAAAUCUCUCAAGUUCGUGUGUAACGUGGAACGGCCGAAGACGUUGUUGUUGUUGUGCUGUAGAAAGAGCGAAGAUCAUCGUUCAGAAGACGACACAACCGACCAACCGAGGGAGCAUUGGCUGGUGGCGGAGGCAACACAAACAAAAAGUUGUAAAAAUUUCUCUGAAUUAAUAAUAUACAGGGGUGAAGGCGGGCCCGUUGUGUAUGGGAGCAACUGGCGCGACGAGGCAGGGAAGAAUAAUAUUUGUCGGUGUGGCUUUUUUGUCGGUGCCUGUGUGUGGAUAAGGGGGCAAAAAUAUUUCACUUUUUUCGUCUUCUCUCGAACGCGAGAUCGUUUUUGGACCUGGCCUGCCUGCGUGUUUUUCGGCAACGCAACCUGGGGGCGAAUAGAGAGCGCGAAGACGGAAAAUUCUUCGUAGACAGCUAUCCACCCGCGCGCGCUCGUUCCAUUUCGUACGUCUCGCUGUAUCGCGCGGUCCCCUUGAUUGGAACCAAUAACACACUGAACAAAACAUGCUGAGCGAGGUGGUACCUAUAGAAGAAGCUUGAGGAACAUACCAUAGACAAGAGCGACGACGACGACGACGACGACGACGGCGGCGAGUGCGGGGCGUUUGUAGUAAAUAGUUCGGAGAAUCCGAAAAGAUACGCAGCACAGCCACAUCCAGAGGCUAGCUGGUGUUGUUGUUGUUGUUGUUGAUGAUGAAUUUUCGACCUGAAGCAGCAGGAGAAAGAAGGCGAAAUAAAUAAUAUCGCGCCGUGGAAGAAUCGGGAAAAGGCGAGAAAAUAGAAGAAAGAGAAGUUAUUGGUGUGGAAGUUUCCGAAAAAAAGCAGAGGCAAAAGAAAAGAAGAUCGUGUGUUUUGAUCAAAAAAAUGUCGGUGAAAAGCGAUGGAAAUAUGGCAGUGGAAAAUGAAUAGUGUGGAUACAAUUUUCGGAAGAAACCGUAUCAUGCGAAGUGAAUCGCAGCGAAGAAAGGCGCAAUGAAUCGUUUGCCGUGGUUGGCCGCAACGACGACGACGACGACCAAGGUGGCGGUCAUCAUCCGUUAAGAAGCGAACGGCGGUCAAGCAGCGUUGAGGUGUGAAAAGUCGAAGCAAAAGCGAAAGACGCGAAGAAGGUGUUUCCACUGGUGGUUUGGUUGAUAACACGGGCUGAGAGGGCAGAAAGGGACGUCAACCCCGAGGAAGUACCUACCACUAGUGUGAGCUCACGCGAAAGGCGAACGAAUCAUGGCUGGAAAUAUUGUUAAAUGGUGGAAGCAUAAGAUUCUCGGUGGAUACAAGCAGUUUACAGUGCUCCAGGAAUGCGCAACCGACUCGGAGGAGCUGAUCUACCCGGUCCGAGCGCCGUCCGCCUGCAGUGCACCGCCGGAUCUACUGCUGACCAGCGAUCGGGAGCAGAUGAUGAAAGUGAAAAGUUCCAAGCAACAGCAGCAAUCAUCACAUAAUCAUCAAUCAUCACAGCAGCAGCAGAAUCUUGGGCAUCAUCAUAAGAACACUUCAAUGGCUGGUGGUCAACAGCAACAGCAGCAGCACAAUUCGAAGGAAUCGUCUUUUCGGAAGUGUUCUGGGAGGACGGCAACCGUCAAAAGUGAUCCCGAUCGGGUGCGGUUGGAGGAAUUCACCUGUGACGUAUCGCUGGAAGAUGGCAAGAAGCCUCAACCGCUGCAGUUCUCCUUCACGUUGUACGACCUCGAUGGUCACGGAAAAAUCACCAAAGACGACAUCGCUGGCAUCGUGUCCACGAUCUACGAGUCCAUAGGCAAAUCGGUAGUAGUUCCUCAUUACGGUAGCAAAACGAUCAACGUUCGAUUAACGGUAUCCCCGGAUGGGAAAACAAAGCCAGUGAACAGUUCGGCGGUGAAGAAGGCUGCCAUCACGCCCCGUCGACGCUACCGACCGAGGAAGUUGAUAUCCGAUGACGACGGCAGCGAUACGUCGGAGAACUGCCCACGGGUAAUGCGUGCCCGUGCCAAUACGGUAGUGGCGAACACUACCAUUAACAACAACGUCAAACCGAAGGAGAUCAACGAUGCGAAAGGAGAAGACGUUGUCGACGGACUGGCGAAAAGUUCCGAAACGGUGGAGACCACGUUCCAUAAUAAUCUGAAUGGGAAGGUAAAGACGCCGAACAACAUCUACGAAAGCAUCAACAACCUGAAGUGCUGCAACAUUCAGGCGGCGCAUGUUUCCAAAACGACCAACGCCUUGAACCAAAGUCCGGCUACGUUGAACAAUUCCACCGCAACGACGGUAAUUUGUCGGGAUUGUUCGCUGGAAGGGUGCACGAUCGACGAAACUCUGCCGCUGGGAACGGUAGUCAUUCCAGCAGCUGCUGCGGCCACUACGGCUGCCGCCAUCAGCAGCCGUGCCAAGCGGAAGGUUGUGCGGAAGUCGCGAUCCUCACGGAAGGCUUCCAAGCUGACGGAAGAAUUCAGCCGGCCGAGGGCACGUAGUCUUUCGGUGGGCAACGAGAACUGCUACGAAAACAUGAUCGGUAACACACAGGAGGAGUGCUGGAAGAGUUCACUCUGCCGACGGGAGCUAAUCGAAAUCAUCCGGGAUAGCAUGGUGAAGAAUAGUCUUUGUUUUCAACCAAAUAGGAAACCCUUGGAGAGUUCACCAAAGCAUCGUCACCGGUCGCACACGAUAGCGGCCCGCAUCGGAACGGAACACUGUGGAGAAUCGGUCAUGGCAACGCAGCAAGCUCUGGUAGCAGCUCACCAUGAAACGAACCUGUGCGGUUAUGAUUCCUAUCUACAUCAAACGAUCUGUGCAGCUGCCAAUGUGAAUCAUGCUGCACUUCAUUUGAAUGGUGGAGUGGUUGGUAAUGGAGGAGUAUUCACUGCGCUUCCCGUGACCACGAGUACCCCCAAUCGGUUGAUGCAGCAUCAUAGCCAUCAUGCUCACGCAAAAGCGAAGAGGAAGGAGCAUCGCCUAGCGGUGGCAACGCGAAAUCAGGUACAUCAUCAGCUAGCACAACCGGUCAAGUUGAGCACUGCGUUGCUCAGCCAACAGUAUCCGAAUCUCUCAGCCGAACAGAAGCUGUCGCGAUCGAUCAACCAGGUCGAGAAGUGGCUGGACAACCGUAGCCCAAAGUUGGUCAACAAACUGAAACUGGUGGAAGAAAUGGCCGAAAAGAGUCCUCGAGUGGCGGCUGCCAAAUUGAAGAGGUCCAAAAGUAAAGAGGAAAUCGCUCAAAAGCCGUCAAAGAUUGAUAACGUUGUGACGACAGAUCUAUUGUUGGACAACCUGAAGAUCACGGAAGACAUCGCGGAGCUGAGUGUGGUUACGCCUAAGAAGGCCUUCAACAAGGAAUGUCUCAUCAGUUCUGCUACCAAGAAGAACAUUCGCACACAUCAUACGACGAAGACGGUUUCAACGUCGACUGCCGUCGCUUCUCCUAUCGUCGACAAAGCAUCCAAGAACGUAAUCCAACUGCAGUACGCUUCCGUUCCGAUCAAUGCUGAACCGAGCGAGUGUGAAAAUCUGAUACGGAUUUCCGAUGCGGAAGAGGAACCGCAGCAGACCAUCCCGCAGCAGCAGCAGCAACAACAGCAACCGCAAUCGUCUGCAAGCACUCCAACGCAUCACCACCAUCAUCAUACCGGAACGAGCAUGCUGGGCGAAAACUCCGGCUCGUCGGCAUCGGCUGCAUCGACGACGGCCGUCCAUCGGUACGUGCACGAGCACAUUCACCAUCACUAUCAUCACUUCGAGAACGAUCCGGACGAGUCCUGAGGGUUGCAGGAGGUCGGCGGUGGCACCCAAAGUUUGCCAUCGCCGUCGUCUGUCGACGGGACGCAGCGGUUGCUUGCGCUGGAGUUGUUAGAUUAGUAAG